AUGGAUCCAAUCGUAAAUGCCCCAGUAUUUCAAGCUGCUACAGCUGCUGCUGCUGCAGCGGCGGCCUCAAAAAAUUUCAAUUCUAAAGAGAACUCUGAGGAAUUUGUAGAGUCGGAAAAUUCGGAUGCUUGUCAGUGGACAAUGGAAGAGAGCAGUCUCAUAGAUGGCGAGAUUCAGCGUGCGGCUAGAUCCAAUGAAGACACUGGUGAAUACCCUCGCUUUGGUUGGGUAGAUAUCACUAAACCAUUCUUUGAGGCAUGCUCAGAGUUGAAUUUAGGAGAAUUGGCUCAAGACAUGCUCUUCGGACUAUUUGAAGCAAUGUCCGCAAUUGAAAUGAUGGACCCCAAAAUGGAUGUGGGAAUGGGUUAUAAUAAACAAGAUGCACCACCACAUACCUUUGAAUCUGCGGUAGCGGCAGGAGUUUUGAAACUAGAUAAUUUGACCAAUGAAGAAAUAAUAGGCACCUUUGACGCACUCUUCGCAUGUCUCGUUUCUUGGUUAGAGGGGAAUUCUAUGGACCAAGUAUUGUUCACUUGUCUUUACUUGCAUCAGCCAAGCAGUAUCAAAGACAAAGCGCUUCGGACCUUCUGUCAUGCUGUUCGAAAUCUUAUUGUUAUCAUAAAGAAUAUAAUUAUCAUUAGCAGCGUAAAUGAAGAAGAAGAUUUUCAACUGUAUGGAAAUUCAUCUCUGUUAUCUGCGGAAGAUUGCCAACCAGCAAGUGUAGCUUCUCAGCUAAAAGAAGCCGAAGAUGACUUGGUACGACUGAGCAAGACUGAACAUCAACCAGAAUCCACAAUGGCCAUUGUGCAUCGAAUGCGCUUUAUGCGACAUUUUUAUCAAUCUAUUUUCCAAUUCGAUUGUGUCAUGGCAACUGCACCUAUAGAAUCUAAUAUGAAUGAAAUUUAUAAAAACUUAAAUGCUUCUCUCGAGUUAGUACCACAAAUAAAACGCACCAUUGAAAAAGGUAUCCAACCUGCACCAAACUCUGACUCACCAAAUCCAAUAGGAUUUUCGCCUCGAAUACAUGAUCGCAGUCAACCACCAACUUUUCCGCGAAACGUAAAAAUCCGUGACCGCCCAACUAGCUUGGUAUUUCUUGAAGAACUGGUGCAUAGAUUAAAAUUUGCGUGCAAAAUAAUUCGAAUGCGAGAUUACUACACCGCUCUGAAUUUCUUCAUCGAAUUCAGCAAAAAAUCUGGACAAUGCGUUCUCUCUCGCAGUGUACUUCAGGGUCUAUUUAUUUCUAAUCGUCGACUUAUUUUCGGAACUAUUCCAAUUAAGGAUUACCUUUGGGAUUCAGUUCGAGCUUUUAAUUCUCCUCCAGUACUGAAUCCAAAACACCCCCUGGGGUCAGAUCAGAAGAUACAAAUGUAUUUAGAUACAUUCUUUCGGUACUGCAUUAGUUUGAACACAUUUACGCAAUUUAUUCGCAUUUGUGGUUUCAAUCGAGCUCGGCAGCGCGAUAAACUGGCACGUUUUAUUGAUAGUUUUGAUAAUAUUCAGGUAGAAGCGGCACGCUUAGACUCACACUUAACUAUUAUGGCAAACGAAAAGGCAGCCGAAGGAAAUGAACUUCACGCCACAGCACUCAAGCAUAGCGCUCAGUUUGCCACCUGGGUAUUGUAUAACUGUUUUCGCGCAAUGAUGUUGUAUUUGAUGUCAGGCUUUGAAUUAGAACUCUACUCGGUGCAUGAGUUCCUUUAUAUUUAUUGGUAUCCCUACGAAUUGCUAAUUGGCUUCAUUGUGUCGGCUUUAACUCGAACUGAAAAUAAUCUUAUAGUACAAGAAGAAUAUGCAGAGCACCAAAGCAAAAUUCAAGGAAGUGGCAGCAUGAAAAAUCGUAAGCCAAAGCCAAAAAAGAAUAAGAAACAACAGAAGCCUUAUCGGCACGAGAUUGUUUAUUAUCAUGCCCUGUUAAGUAUGUGUGGUGGAUUCUAUAAAGCCUUGGGAGCAUUGACGAAAGACGGCCGCAUACGGCAACCCAUGCCAAAGUUUGACAACGAGGAGAUACGUUUCAAUCGAAGAUUUGCACCUUUCGCCACGUUAACAAGUCCACCUCCGGUCUCUUAUGCGGAAUUCAAGAGUAUAAGGGAACAUAUGAUGCGGCCGCCGUCGUCGGAAAUAUAUGCAAUUGCUGCCAAGCAUUUUGACCAAGCACGUAAUGUGUUGGAAUCCAUACAAAAUCCAGAACAAGAGAUCUUGGAUAUGCUUCACGUGGCCAAAGUAAAUUAUGUUGUGAUGAAUGUAUUAGCAAAAGGUCAUCAGAAGGACUCGAAGACUCAGCCAGAUUUUGACUUCUCCAAACAUCGUCACUUUCCUAUUAUAAAAUUGAAUUAAGAUGCAUAUUAUACCCUGUGAUGAAAUGUUAUAUAGUUGAUGCAGUGCAUCACUCCCACCAAUCAUUAGAUAUAUCUUAACAGACCGAAAAUCGGUGUGGUAUAACUUUAUAUCGUAGAUUUCAAACCAAAAUGAUUCUAAAUACACGGAAACCAUGAUGUACAAGUGAUGUACGCAUACAUUGAAAACUUUA